AUGGCGGACUCGACCACGGAGAUUGACCUCGACUCGGUCAUUGACCGCCUGCUCGAAGUGCGCGGAAACCGCCCCGGAAAGCCCGUGCAACUGCAGGAGUACGAGAUCAAGUACUUGUGCACCAAGGCGCGCGAGAUCUUCAUCAACCAACCUAUCCUCCUCGAGCUCGAGGCCCCCAUCAAGAUAUGCGGCGACAUUCACGGACAAUACUACGAUCUCCUCCGGCUGUUCGAGUACGGCGGCUUCCCCCCAGAGGCCAACUACCUCUUCCUUGGCGACUACGUAGACCGUGGCAAGCAGUCGCUCGAGACGAUCUGUCUGCUCCUGGCGUACAAGAUCAAAUACCCUGAGAACUUCUUUGUUCUCCGCGGAAACCACGAGUGCGCGAGCAUCAACCGAAUCUACGGUUUUUACGACGAAUGCAAGCGCCGUUACAACAUCAAGCUAUGGAAGACGUUCACAGACUGCUUCAACUGCUUACCCAUCGCCGCCAUCAUCGAUGAAAAGAUCUUCACAAUGCACGGCGGGCUUUCACCUGAUCUGCAGUCGAUGGAGCAAAUAAGGAGAGUCAUGCGGCCGACGGAUGUUCCGGAUACUGGCUUGCUCUGCGAUCUUCUGUGGUCCGACCCGGACAAGGACAUCACCGGCUGGUCUGAGAACGACCGAGGCGUCUCGUUUACGUUCGGGCCGGACGUGGUGUCGAGGUUCCUGCAGAAGCACGACAUGGACCUAAUUUGUCGCGCACAUCAGGUCGUCGAGGACGGGUACGAGUUCUUCGCGAAGCGCCACCUGGUGACAUUGUUCUCCGCACCGAACUACUGUGGAGAGUUCGACAAUGCUGGUGCAAUGAUGAGUGUCGACGAGACGCUCUUGUGCUCAUUCCAAAUUUUGAAACCCGCGGAGAAGAAGGCAAAGUAUCCUUACGGCGGUGUAAACAUGGGUCGACCGGUCACACCUCCUCGCAAACAGAAGAAGAAGGAUGCGAACAAGAUGGGCUGA